CAAACGCAGCCCCCCCCCCACCCCCACCCACCGCCCCCUCAUCCUCAUCAUCAGCACGCCCACAACAGAAACCGCUCUCUGCACCAGUGCGUUUGUCCUCCCGGUGCCACACCUGACCAGCGCCGUCUCCGGACCGAAGGUUUAUUCCGUGGUUUCUGUCUCGACUUCCUUUCUGCCCCACCGGCUCCGAUGUCUCCCUUCGAGGAUAUUCCUGUUCUAGAGAUUUUCCUGGGCAUCCUGGGCUUCGGCCUCUCCAUCAUGUUCUGCACCACCUUCUGCAGGGUGUGCAGCCGCAUGCGCGAGGAGCAGAUCGAGCGGGAGGUGUGGCGGCGCAGUGAGCAGGACGGCCGUCCGCCGUCCAUCUAUUUCAUCCCCUUCCCCGGCAGCGUGUCGUCGCAGCAGGACGGCGAGGACGUCCGGGCGCCUCGGUACAGCCAGGAGCUCCACACGCCCCCACACUACAGCACCGUCUUCAGCGGGCCGCCGCCUUCCUACACCGAGUUGGGAGUUAAACCCGAGGAUCUCCCCCCCGCGUACACGGAGCAAAGCGUUCCCGCGUUUCCAAUGGCGCCCCAACCUCACACGGACACGGUACAGUCGCAGGCUCGGUCACAAGCCCCGAGCCGGGACCCUCUCCAGCUCGCCCGCGCGGAGGUCAUCGAGGACAGUCGAUUGUUGCACUGAACCAUGGACUUUGAGUGAGCUGGUAACUGGAGUUUACGAUAUGCCAAAGGAACCUUUUGUUUGAUCGUGGCAGUGAAUGUGAGUAUGGCACAGAGACGACGAGAAGCCGCGGAGGUGACACCAGGGUUAAAGCUGCAGUUGCGUCAUCCGAGCGACUGAAACACUUUGGACCCUGGAAGUAGGUUUUUAUCCCCCACGUAUGAUGAAUGUCAAAACGAGUCUGUGUGUCAUUUACUCCGGUGGUGUUGUAACAGCCACCUCGGAGGGUUGUGUGUUUAGUCCGGUUGAUUUUCAUUACUUGUAUGUUUGUUGUUGUUGUUGUUGUUUUUUCCCCCCACAGAAUAUCUUUAAAAAAAAAAACUACUGAACAGGCAUUAAUGAAAUUUUGUGUCAAUCCAGGUGCCGAUCCAAAUCCAGUGGUGCCACCAUGUGGCCAUUUAUGGAGCGUGGAUCACGAGGAGUUAGUGCAAUUUUUUUAAGAUUUAGGUAUUUUAAUUGCAUGGAAACACAGAUUUGACAUAAACCAACUAAAAAGCCUAAUGUGAGGCAUAUUUGUCAGUCAAACAAGGAAGUCUUAAAUGUAUGUAAUUGUUCUAAUGAACCCAAUGUUGUUGUUUUUUAAAUACACUAAUUUUUUAAAAUACUUAUUUAUAAUCAAUAAAUCCAAUUUGUUUCAAACUCUUAAGACUAUUUGCUUGACAUCACAUUAGGUUUAUUAGGUUGUUAAUGUUAAGUCGCUGUAAUCCAAAUGGAUGGAGGUUUAAUAUGCAGUUGAAAUAAAUAAAUCAUAAAUUAGGGCCCAAACAGUUCUGAGUGUAUUCGAGCCUGCACAGAUAUGCCAUGAAACAUUUUCUCAACUCAUCUACCAACUUAUCCUAUAUUUUCAGAUAGGUGAUAUUGUCAUAAUAUUUCAUACCAGAAAUAUUUUUCAAAUAACUAUACUGUAAAUGCCGUGCUGUAGCUUAACACUGAUUAGUAUUAAUAUUUAGGGCACAACAUACUUAACAUUUGUGAACAAGAGUGAAAUGAAAUGUAUAUUUUGUAAAGGUUCAGUUUACCAGGCUGAAUAACUGUCUCUCCAACAACGACAAACCUUGUUUUGCAUUACAGAAGUACCAAUAUGAGAUCUCUCACUCAGUUCUGUUGUUGAUCUUCUUCCCUCUUUUUUUUUUAGACUUGCAGGAUUAAAGGGGGGUUUCAGUUA